AUGCGAGCGCUGUGCCCGGUCGCAAAGCGCAAUAAACCCUCAUCUCGUUCUUCACCAAGUCAUGAAGAACAAAUACCCACAGCCAGUCCUCCCUUUUUAGAGACAGAAGACGAUUCGAACAAUCUACAGCCUUCUGGUUUGCUUAAUCAUGAAGCCUUGACAGGUAAAUUCUCUCUUGGCAACAUUCUCAAUGCAAACCGAGAGCCCGUGCCGCCAUUGGGUAGUCGCCCUGACUCUAUCGAUGUCGACGAUCCUGUGAGUCUUGGGUUGAUCAAUCCAUCCCUAGCAAUAUCCUUAUUCGAUAGCUUCAUAACUAUUCUCAAUCCAUACAUCAGCCAGCUCGACCCUCAUCUACAUACAUUUUCCCAUGUCCGCCAAAAGUCUGCAUUCUUACUGAGCGCCGUACUGUCCAUGUCAGCAAAGGCUUUCAACCACGCUCUUUACAAUAAAUUGUAUGAGCAUGCGCAGCAUCUAUACGUUGAAGUCUUUCGUCGUGGCAGUAAAUCGGUCGAAAUCGUGCAGGCAAUUCUUAUCCUCACUUACUGGAAGGAGCCGCAGGAUACAAGAGUUUGGACAUCGGUUGGAUAUGCUAUACGCAUAUGUAUGGACAUGGGCUGGAACAAACUCAGCCCAUGUUCCUCUCAGGUGUCUGCGGCUCAAUCAGAAAUGGAAAGAAGAGAGCGGCGGAAUAUCGAGCGGACAUGGUUUGUGCUGUUUGUCUAUGAUCGGAGUAUGAGUUUACAAACCGGGAGACCGUGGAUGAUUGAAUGUAGCGACUUGAUCGAAUCCAUACAAAGUUGGUGCGACGAACCUCUGGCCAUUGAGAAUGACCAGCUUCUCGGGGCCUUUACCACUCUACGUCUCAUCACGUCUACCGCAUUCCCCUUCCUCGUGUCCAGGUCGCAACGUCGAGGAAUAUCACACCUCGAGAGUGAGCCACUCGUCAGCCUUAUCAAUGGUCGGAUUGAUAGCUGGGAGGAACAUUGGACUCGAAAGGUUGCUACGGCACAAGUACCAGCGUGUCAUGACUUUCUGAUUCGGUUCUAUGGCACCCACCUCCGUCUACAGCUCUACACUUUGCCAUCACAUGGAAUCAUUUCCUCGGCCAAAUCGGAUUCCACCCUCCAUCUUGAUACAAUAUGGAUAGCCUAUAGUAGCGCAUUAAGUAUGUUGGAGUUGAUUUCUCGAAACUCUGUCCAUAUUUGCUUCGCUCAGGACUCGAUCCAUAUCAUGACUGCGUAUAGUGCUGCGUUUCUCGUCAAGGUUCUUCUUUCGGUUUCGGGCCUCCUUGCGAGCCGAAUGGCAUCCGAUACUAUAGAGGCCAUUCAAAACGCCGCCCGAGUCUUCUCUGACCAGUCGGGUUGCAUAAGCUCAAGUUGCACCCUCCAAGCUACGUUUCUUACCAAAGUGGGUGUGAAACUCGCAGAAACCCAGAACAAGCAAAAUACAGAUGCCGACAACAACCCCAACGAGGAGUCGAUGCAGGCCUCGAUGAUGCCAGACCAGGAUAGUGUGACUGAAGGGUCCACGACAGUCGCAGCAGUUGACCCGUCCCUUCAAUGGCCUUUUCAUUCACGAGGGUUGGAGAUAUCCUCGCUGCCACAGGGGAGCCUGGACUUUCCUUUUGAGUGUAAUGACAUGUGGGCAGAGCUCUUUGCUACAGUUGGAACGGACGCGCAAGAUUUGUUCUAUUUAUCUCAAGCUGACUGCUGA